AUGGGAAAAGAAAAAAUUCAUAUCAACAUUGUCGUCAUUGGUCAUGUCGAUUCAGGUAAAUCAACAUCAACUGGUCACUUGAUCUACAAAUGUGGUGGUAUUGAUAAACGAACAAUCGAAAAAUUCGAAAAAGAAGCUGCUGAAAUGGGUAAAGGUUCAUUUAAAUAUGCUUGGGUUUUGGAUAAAUUGAAAGCUGAACGUGAACGUGG